UCCGAUCCGUCUGCUUUUUAGAUUCUGGAUCGUCCAACCAAAUCAUCGGAUUUCCAAUAUCUUUUCACCAGAAUGACCAAUCACACGUUCCACUGUCCAUUUCUCUCCAUUUCUCUUCCAUAUCUUUUCACCAGAAUGACCAAUCACACGUUCCACUGUCCAUUUCUCUCCCUGCGCUAAGCCAAUCACGGACAGGCUAGCGACGCUCCGAAUUCGGAAUGGAUUUUAACUGUAGAACAAACCACACGUAUUCAAUCGUCAUUCCUGAAAACGACUCUGUAAGAUGUCUACUAAGAAGCAUCGAUCCAUGGGGUCUGAGGAGUGGGUGAGCCGCCUGAGGGCAUUUGCCUCUUCUGGCACUUGGCCCUCCAGUGCAGGGAACAGGCCAUCUCCAAAACAGGCCAAGUGGCACAACCUCUACCAGAAGAUUGAGAAGUGUCCCAUGAUGCUGCGUGGGCAGACCUUAAUGUUAGGGAUAGCCCAGACAUGUACCUGUGGCUUUCACUCCCAGCAGUCUGUGAGAAGCCCUGCAGCUACCUCUGCCUCCACCUCUGCUGCGCCUGCACGGAGCCCUGGGAGGCCUGCAUUGACGCUGGCGAUGUUUGAGAAAGCGCGGUUUGGUGGGACUUUGUCUGCUGCAGCCAAGCCGAAUGUCAAUCUGACCAGGAGGCCUGUUGAGCGUCCCUCCAGCCCUGCCACUGUCCCGUCUGGGAGAAGCACUCCAUCCGCUACCCCACCUCGAGUGACGCCCCCUUCCAGUCCCAGAUUCUACAGGCCUGUCUCCCCUUUCUCUCUGCCUCCAUCCAGCCCCAUCAUGUCGGCGGCGAGGACCAGCUCUUCUCCUCUGGUUGAAUCAGAUACGAGUCCUGCUCCUCCAGGUCUCCUCCCUGCUCCUCCAGGUCUCCUCCCUGCUCCUCCAGGUCUCCUCCCUGCUCCUCCAGGUCUCCUCCCUGCUCCUCCAGGUCUCCUCCCUGCUCCUCCAGGUCCCCUCCCUGCUCCUCCUGGUCCCCUCCCUGCUCCUCCUGGUCCCCUCCCUGCUCCUCCUCUUGCUGCUCAGUUCUGGCUGCCGGUGGAAAUGAGGAAGACCAUUCCCCAGCAGGACCAGCGCUGGAUUGCAUCCACGCUGUGGAGGAACCAGCGGCUGCGACCGGACGUCCAGCUCUGGUAUGAGCCACCUGUUCCUGCCCUCAUCUACAACCAGGUCCCAUCACCAGACCGCUUUUUUAUGCACCGGCUCCUGGUGUGGAUGCCCUACCACCUGUGGAAGGUGAGGCUGUCCUGCCCCCAGUGCAAGGGGCAGCUCACCGGGGCCGGCAUCCACAAGAGGGCACGGAAGGUCCUGGACGUGGACAGGUACUACCUGAUGGUGACGGAGACCCUCAGGUGCAACUCCUCCAGUUGCAUAUCAAAUUACCUGUCCACGAGCCAGACCGUCCUGGACCAGCUGAGCUUGGCUCUCCGCGGGGAGUUCCGCCUCAUCCUGACCCGCAAGUAUGCGUGUGACAUCCGUGUCAUCCGGAUGCUACGGGAGAGGACCCUCGGCAACAGCUCCACACGCCUGGCCAAACAGCUGCGGGAGAACCACGGCGAGGAGUGGCUGCAGCGGUUGGCCCGCUACAUGGAGCUGGCCAAUGACUUUGCCCGCAGGCCCGGUCUCUUCCCUGUGGUCUGUCAGAGCCCCCCCGAGCCUAUCGCUGUCCCGACCAACAGGUGGCUCCUGACGGUGUACGGGAAGGACUUGAUGAGCCGUAUGGGUCACAUCAAGGCCAGCAUCACCUCCACCUUUGGCUCCAUUUUAAAAAUGGAUUCUACAAAGAAGAUGACCAAAAAGCUGGCUGGAGCCGCCAAGGGGACGGCGCUCUGGGUGUCCUCCGUCAGCAACGAGAAGGGGCAGGUCCUGAUCAGCGUCCUGACAGCCCAGGAGGGACCUGGACUGGACCGGAUGGUGUCAGGCCUCAUCAGGCGCUACAGCGAGGCGGGCGUGGCUCCCCCUAUACUCCUCUAUGUGGACUGUGGCUGCUGCAAGGAGACGGGAGGGGAGAGCAAGCUGCAGGCCAGGUUCGGCGGCUGGCCAGACCUCGUCAUCCGGCUGGACAUCUGGCACUUCCUUCGGCGGCUUGCGGCCGGAUGCACGACCGACGCCCACGCCCUGUACCCCAUCUUCAUGGCCACGCUCUCCGUCUGCCUGUUUGAGUGGGACCCUGAAGAUGUGGCCCUUCUGCGCCACGCCAAGAGGGAGGAGCUCCGGAGGGAGGGUGUGCCCGGCAUCUCCGAGGCUCUGGUGGACAGCCGGUUGACCAAGGCCCAGUUGGCGCUGUACUGCAGGCGGAGGACCCGUGGAGAGGAGGCCACCAUCCGCCAGGUGGAGGCCCUGCUGCAGGAGCUGAUGGGGGACAAAGGCAGGGACCUGCUGGGUGUUCCCCUCCUGGACCGGGUGAGGAUGGAGCACAUCUGGCGGGUUCAGAAGAGGCACGUCAAGUGCAUCCAGGACCUGCCAGGUGUGCCUCUGUACACAAAGACCGGCACCACCACCACCAAGGACGGCGUCGUCCUCACCAAAUACAGGUGUGCGCGAGGUUCAACGUCACUGGAGUCCUUCCACUGCCACCUGAACCGCUUUAUUCCAGGGACCCAGGCCAAUGACCUGAACUUCCAGCUCUACUUGCUGGACGGGCUGAACCGGUGGAACCAGGACCGGGCUGCUGCUGCUGUGGCUGAGAAGAUGUCCGCUCUCCUCAGCUACUCAGGGGAUCUGGUGCACUGUGUGAACACAUUUGGCACCAAUGUGUUUGGACAGAUGUUUGUCCCCUCUUUCCGCCUCCCCAGCAAGUACACUGGAGAGUUGAUAGGCAUUGACUACCUCUACAUGCAGACGGGGAAGUGCAUGCAGGACAUGGAUCCUGAGGGGGAGGAGACGGAGCAGCUGCUGGAGGACCUGGGCGACGAGGCAGAGGAUGAGGGCUUCACAGACGACACCGAGGUUCCUGUUGAGCAGUUGGCAGUGGAUGAAAACAACAUCCCGGGCCUGGAGAGGGUGGACCACCUAGCCGAGUAUCUGGUGGGGCUGAGGAGCCAGACCAGCCUGGCCCUCAGCAACCGGGAUGUCGGCAUCAUCGUCGGCCUGUGGGAGGAGCUGCUGCCCUACGACCAGCAGAAGGCGGUGUACCAUGCACGGCACCAGGACAGGCUGCUGACGGGGCGCUUCAGGUCGCCGAAGAAGAAGGGAGAGUUCACGUCGGGUGUGGACAGUUUGCGGAGAUGCACCAUAACAGCGAGUGCAUCUCCUGCACAGUGGCCUUCAUGCUGCCGCCUGGUUGAUGCCAUCUGUGUUAGGCUCUGCACCCUCCACCCUUCCCCUACCAAGAAGGGGAAGGGGUACCUCUCAAGGUGGAGUCUGAUCCUGAGGGACUACCGCAGGAUCAGACAGCUCAUCCUGGCCAACGGGGCCGUGAUGUCCACCACCAGCCUGCAGCUGGUUGAGGUGAACCAGACCACCCUCAUCCAGUGGCACAACAGGAGGGUGGCCAGGCAGGGUGUCUCCGUGUUGUGCCAGGGUGUGGACCUGCCUGCCCCUGUGCCUGUUGCCACCGUGGUCUUACCUCCGGGUAUGGACCGCCCCGCUGUGGCUCCUCAAACCCCGGGCCUGGUGAAAUAUUCCUACCACCUCCCGGAGAGCACAGCGGGGCGGGCCAAAAUGAACCGGAGGGCCACAGCCACUGCCACCGCAGCCGUAGCACCAGCACCAGCACCGGCACCAGCACCAGCAACGGCACCUGCAACGGCUGUAAGGCCCAGGAUGAAGACAGCCCAGAGGCGGCUGUUUCCCUGUCCUCCCACCCCUGCCCCUGUCAUCAGCAGCACCCCUGCUCCAUUUGUUUUUGCCCUCCCCCGGGCCCCUGCUCCAUUUGUUUUUGCCCUCCCCCGGGCCCCUACUCUCUCCGGCACUCCUGCCCUCACCCAAUCCCUCCCUAGCACAUCAUUCCUCCCGGUAAACCCCCUGUUGCGCUACCCUCACGCCCAGCCCCCCAUUAUGUUUGCUGUCCCCUCAGCAGUGCCUCCUGCAGAACGGAAGAGGCCUUACAACAGGACUGGGGAGGCAAAUAAAUGCAGGAGGUGUGGGGAGCCCCGGAGUGCAGCGACUGGCCACAGCCAGUACAAGGGGAAAAUCUACUGCCCCUCCUCCGAGUCCCUGACCAAGGAGCAGUGGUUGGCGGAGAGGAGGAAAUAA